UCCGGCCACUUCGGCUAUCUUUGGCGCUAGAGCGCGAGCCUGUUGUUCUUCUCCCCAUUUCAAGGUGGUGUUGAUUCUCGACCGUGCCUGGCUUGCGGUGUUUGUGAAAUUGCUUAUCAAAGUCAAGUGGACUCGCCGAAAAUAUCAGCCAAACUGGAGAACCCAAGUGUUAAGGUUGCCAUGCCAAACAUGCAGCUCCAUAAUGAGAUACGCACCGUGCAGUCUCAGCUAAAAACGGCAAUACAGAACCAUCAGAUGAUAGUGUUUAAGCUGAAAGACCGUCCUGUGUCUAUCAAACUCAGAGUACAGAUGUGCAAUAUCCAGAGACAUAUAGUGAGUCUAGGAGAAAGACAGAAAAAAUUAUUGACUCAGCUGAGACAAGAGUUAGAGGCUAAUGGAGGGUCAAUGAAAAUGUCGCCUCUCCAAAACCUCAGACCAAACCCACUAUAUCCUCAGUUGUCUUCUAAAUCACAACCGAUCAAAAAGGAGCUCAUCAAUAUAAAAUGUGAAAGCAUCUUAGAUGGUUAUGAAAAUACUAAUAAUAUUCAAGCAAAACCCGAGGUACCUCAUACUUCAAGAAGGAAGUCCAAGCUUGUUGCCAUUACUGACUUGCCUCUUACAAAUGGACAUAGUGUUCCAUCACCAACUCCAGUACUGAAAGAAAACACUCCGUCUAGCACACCCUCAUCUUCACCAACGCAUAGCUCCAAUCCUGUAAAACAGCCAAAACAAAGGACAGCAAGAGUAGAGAGUAUCCCUACAUCUUCUGUCUCAGAUGAGUCGCAGGAUGCAUUUGUCAAUCUUCCCGCUGACCCAGAGACUAGGAAAAAGCUCCAGUUCAUGACAGCUCUUAGUUUGGUUACUCGAGAGGUCCUCACAGAACUCAAAAACAGAAGAACUGAGAGAAAACGGCGCAGCACUGCCAACCCCCACUUUCUGUAUGGAAGUAUUUUAGAGCAGAAGCGGAAAAGGACUUCUUAUCUUGCCAAGAGCCCAGCAGUAGAUGUCCCUUCUAUUUCAACUAGUGGCUCAAGCAAAGCUAAUGAAGAAGAAAACUCUCCGCAAUCAGCUUGCAUGUCCUGCACCUCUACUAAUGGUUCUUUAAGUAAAUGUGCAGUAUGUCAGAAAUCCUUCCAUUGGAUUGUGUUUAUGAUGCUGCAAUCCCUGAACCUGCCGAGGGAGGAGUCCUCAAUUGCAAAUCGUGUCAGGAGGAUAAAACCCAUGUUGCUGAUAAUGUCCCUAGCUCAUCUUAGUUUAAUAGUGAACCCAAAUGUUUUCAUUUGUAAGCCUCAGCACUUUUCCUUUCCACUUUCUUAAAAUAAGCCAAUGUUACUUUGCUAAUGUCACUUGUUGACUAAUUGUGUUAGUUGUUCAACCUUCAGCUGGAUUUUCAGUUUUGGUGUUUGUUGCUAUUGGUCUCUGGAAGUAAUGUAGGCUGCUCAAAUCAGGAGAAGCCUGCUCUAUAAUUUUGUCUUCAGAAUGAAUGACUUUUAGUCAAAUUUAAUUUAUAACUUUUUCCUUGGUGGAAAUAGCUUUUGUGAUAUAUUAGUAAUAUGUACUAUUGUGAGAAGUUCAAUUGGAUUAGUAGUGUGGUUGCAUGAAAAUCCCGUUAAUAAGUAUUAGUAUUGCUAAGCUCUUGUUAAUGAUGAUGCUCAGUAAUUGAUGGAACAUGCAGAGUAAUGUGAUAAACACUAAGUUACUACCUGUGUAGACCUUGUGUAAGUAUGCUAUCCUAAUGGAAUUGCACAUUUUACUCUAAAUUUGGCUUGUAAACUUUUUUCUUUUUCAUUAUUUUAAAAUCUAAAUCAUAAGUUUCAUACCUGAGGUUUCGCUAUGUAUUAUGCUUUCUGAGAAUUGCAACCUCAGGAGAGAGGAAGCUUCUUGUAAUCUCUUUACAAGAUUCACCUCCUUGCCAUUUCCUAUUUUGUUAAAGUAAAAAUGUUUAAAGUCUAGCUGGGUGUUCUUAUUAUUCAGAUUUUGAAGUUUAUUUCUUAAAAGAUGCUAUGGAAUGAAAAGUGACUGAUUUGUAAAUGGACUGCUCAAUUGUAUCACCACAAUACAAAGUCGAUAAUUGAAGAUAGUAGGACCUUUACAUUUUAGAAUGAAGAGAACUAGUUUUAUUAUACUCUUGUGAACUGUUUUUUGUUAAUUGUUAAGAUUUGCUUGUUCUGUUUUCUAUUUAAACUGUCAAACUGGCAUUCUUGGGAAUUUGUUUGUUCCACUUAACAGAUUGAUUGUCUUUGCUGAUGAUAGUACUGUAAUGAAGUUGCAAUUUCUAAAGUCAUCAGCUCUUCUCCUUUUGUGUGUGUGCUUUGUUUUGUAUUCUUGAGUUUAAAUAGUUUGGCAGUAUUUCUUAAGAGUGAAUUUUGUUUGCAAGUGGAUUCCCCUCUCAGUAGACAUUAGUAACUUACUAACGUUGUUAAAAUUUCUUGAAAAUGUUGUAUUUUUACCCUCCAAAUACAACUUGUUUCCUCGUGAUUGUAUCUCCGGGAACGCAAUAAAGGAUUAAUUUUAUUUA